AUGAGAAGUUCGACAGUUCGCAAGCAUGUCCAGUAUCCCAGCCAAGUAAAAGAGGGGAUUUGGACUUCCGCAAUUCGCCAGCGACCGAAAAUCGUGAAGCUGAAGGAGAUGAUGAGUUGGUUGUUCGAAGGUGGUAAAGAUAAUGCUGCGGUACGGCUUCUUGGAACAUUAUUUCUGUUUUGCUGGUAUUUCAAUUCGGUGACUCAAAUGAUCAUGGCCGUCGAUCGGAUUGCUCCUGACCACCAAGUGCUCUCCUAUUCCUAUUUCAUUAAGGAUGGUAUAUUAAACUACGCGAAUUUAUUCAUGGACACACCAAUAGACAUUAUUUCAUCAGUAACAUGUAUUACUUGCUAUACAUAUAUUCUUGCGUUUAUGCGAAGAAUGAGAGGUGACUGCCGAAACCGUACCAACCGCCACGGACUCCGGGAAUACAGGUACGCACUACAAUUUUUCGCUAUCUGUAUAUUCUAUUUGGCAGCAUGGUUAUGCCGCCGUACGUUGCCGCUCAUUGUUGGCGCUGGAAGAGUAGAAUACUUCAUCGCCGUUCCGAUUUGCGUAGCAUUGAACUGCUCCGCAAAUUCUUUGGUUUAUAUUACUACGAAUCCAGAGGUGCGACGAAAUCUUUCUAUCAGGCGGGCUACCUUAAUCGGAUUGACGACGCAAAGCGUUGGAAAUAUCAGAACAGCUCCAGCUAAUCCAAAGACGCAAGCUUGA